UAUAAACGUGGCCUUGGAAGUUAUACUUGUGAGCUAACUCUCAAGAAGAAAGUGAAGAGAGAGAUAUGGAGAAGGUCGAAGUAGAACUUGUCUCAAGAGAAACCAUCAAGCCGUCUUCUCCAACCCCUCGCCACCUUCUUCACUACCAACUCUCAUUCCUCGACCAAAUCUCGCCUCCCGUCUACAACCCGUCAGUCCUCUUCUACUCAUCAGGUGACACCAAACUCGACCCAGCUGAUAUAUCGACCCGCCUAAAGAGUUCCUUGUCCGAGACCCUGACUCGCUAUUACCCACUGGCUGGGCGGCUCAGGGACAACCAUGCUGUGGAGUGUAACGAUGAGGGCGUCCCGUACUUGGAGACAAGAGUGAGGUGCCGUCUUUCCGAUGUGGUCCAGAACGUGGACCCAGUAGAGCUCCGAAAGUUCGUCCCUUUUGCUCUCAACGCUGCCAACGAUGUGACACUGGGUGUCCAGUACAACGUGUUCGAGUGUGGUGGGGUUGCCGUAGGUAUAUGCCUCUCGCACAAAGUGGCGGAUGCUCUGUGUGUCUUUGUGUUUAUAAAAACUUGGGCUGCUAUAUGCCGUGGAGAAGCGAACGUGGUGUCACCGGAGUUCGUGUCAGCCACGCUGUUCCCGCCAAAGAACACGCUGAGUUACGAUCCCAGCACGGGAAUCAUGACUGAGGACGUCGCCUGCAAGAGGUUUGUAUUCAGAUCCCAUGUGAUAGAGUUGCUCAAAGCGAAAUACGGUGCAGGGAUUGACUUACAGAACCACCGACCACCGUCUCGUGUCGAGGCACUAUCUACAUUCAUAUGGAGCCGAUUUGCUGCUUCAACCAAAGUCUUCUCACGACCAGAGAGGUUGUGCUUCCUGCUUCACACGGUGAACCUGAGGACUAAGUUCGACCCCCCACUGCCGGAGCACUCCUUUGGGAACCUAUACCGAAUGGCAUUCACGUUUUUGUCGGCCCCAAACACGGGGGAAGAGUGCAGUGACCUCUUGCCAAGGGUGAGGGAGACAAUAGCAGCGAUUGAUAGGGCAUUCAUUGAGAGACUUCGAAAGGAGGAUGAACACUUGAGCUUCCUCAAUGAGGCAAGUGGUAUGCACCUCCAGGGGGAGUUAUUAUCGCUCAACUUCACUAGCUUGUGCAGGUUCCCAAUAUAUGAGGCCGAUUUCGGGUGGGGGAAGCCCAUGUGGAUCGGUUCGCCAGCCCUGACCUUCAAGAAUCUGGUCGCCUUCAUGGACACAGAAUCAGGGGAUGGAAUAGAAGCAUACAUUCACUUGACAGAGGAAGACAUGGUUAAGUUUGAAAGUGAUGAGGAGUUGCAGAAGUACAUUUCAGCAACUGCUUAAAGAUUCAAAGUGAACAGCGACAACUACAUCGCGGUUCAACCAAAAAUAAAAACCGACAUAUGAUCGUGUAAAUUAUAAUCUGUUACGAUAUAUAUGAUCGUGGUCAAUAACAAUCUAUCUAUCAAGAAAUAGGCAAAGUGAUCAUCAGAUGGAGACAGAUCACAUGCGCAUGGUAUUGUAAACUACUGCAUGGUAUUGUAAACUACUACCAAAAUAAAGUUGCAAGUUUUAUAAGGAUUAAAAA